AUGGAGGAGGCAGGCAAGGAGCAGAACUCCUACAAGCGCCUGUGCCUAGCUGUCAGUGGUGGCGGUGGCGACUCGGCGGCGGCGUGGCGGACGAACAGGGUGGCGCGCGCAGCAGCCGGCGGCAAGGACCGGCACAGCAAGGUGGUGACCUCGCGCGGCCUCCGGGACCGCCGCAUCCGGCUCUCGGUGCCGACGGCGAUCCAGUUCUACGACAUCCAGGACCGCCUCGGCGUCGACCAGCCCAGCAAGGCCAUCGAGUGGCUCAUCCGCGCCGCCACUGUUGCCAUCGACGGUCUCCCGUCGCUCGACUGCUCCUUCCUUCCAUCCGCCGCCGCCUCCCCGCCGCAUGAUGACGCAGCGGAGGUCAGCACCUCGGAGACCAGUAAGGGCUCCGUGCUCUCACUCGCCAAUGGGCCCAGCGACAGCAGCAACGCUGCCGCUCACCAUGCCAAUGCAUACAACAGCGGUGGCGGCAGUGGCACGUUCGCCGAGCUCCUGCUCUGCUCUCCAGCUGCCGACAAGUCAAUGCAGCAGCAACAGCAGCAGCCUACGCUUGCCUACUACGCCGCCCCUCAGAGCUCGCCCAUGUCCUUCGAGAUGUUUCCCCAGCUUGCCUUCUCCCAGGAGCAGCAGCACCACCACCACCAUGCCGCGGUCGCCUUCGACCGGAGUACACUUCAGUCCAAUGCCGUUGCCGUGCCGAUGUGGCAGCCAUCCCAAUACCCGUUCAUGAUGCAAAGGUUCUCCGCUGCUCCAGCUGAAGCGUCAUCCACCUUCCCCUUCUUUGUUGGAGGCGGUGGCAGUACCGCUGCUCCGGCGACAUCCAAUGGGCCAGAGCGGAGGCUGCAGCUCUGGGACUUCAAGCAGGAACGCAAGACGUGAUUACUUCUUGGAGAGUACCCUGUGAACUGUGAUUGGUGUCAUGGCUGGCCACCGUAAGCAAGCCAGAAGAAAGAGGGCUACCAGGAAAACAGGAUAACUAGCAUCCUCAUGAAGGCGCGACGAAAGAAAGCGUGCGCAGUUCCAGAUUUUUGUGUCUUUCUGCGCGUGAUUUUGAACCGUCAUAGUGUUCUCUGAUGGUGUAUGAUUUGUUCCCUCACCCUCUGUUGCUGUGAUAAAAAACCAAUUUUUUGUUGUUGUUGUACUCCGAUAAUUUGACUCAUCCAUGAAGGUUUUA